AUGACCGUGGCUAGAAUCGAAUUAGGUAGCGGAAGUGGCCUUGUAGGCCUCGCUGUCGCCAAAGGAUGUGCCGUCGAUUCACCAAUCUACAUCACCGACCAAAUGGCCAUGUUCGAGCUCAUGAAGCAGAACAUCGAACUAAACGGGCUCAACGGCUCUGUACACGCUGCCUUGCUUGACUGGGGUGACGAAGGCGCUGUUCGUGCUUUGCCCCGGGCCAAAGUGAUUCUUGCAGCGGAUUGUGUGUACUUUGAGCCAGCAUUCCCGCUACUGCUGACGACUCUUGAGGUGCUGCUGGAUGAAGAGGAUGUAGUGUGUUAUUUUUGCUUUAAGAAACGGCGUAAGGCCGAUAUGCGGUUUAUCAAGCAGAUGAAGAAGAAAUUUGAUGUCGUGGAGGUGACGGAGGGAGUUGACCGGGACGUCUGUAAACAGGAGAGGAUAUUUUUGUAUAUUCUUAGACAACGAAUGGAAAAGCCUUGA